AUGGAAUCGGAGAUUAACUAUAUUAGACAGCAGAACACCAGACUUAUAGUCCAAAUUACUGGGCUUGAGGUUGAGAAUGCCGAUGUUAAGGUCAAAUAUGAUGAGGCUAUGAACGAGAUUAUGAUACUAAGGGCCGAGCUCAAGAGUAGAAUCGAGGAUAACGUUGUUGAAAAUGUUAGGCGUGCCUUCGAGAGUCUGGCUGUCCUGUAUGAGGGUGGUAGGAGCGUAGGGUAUAAAGAUGUACAAAGGUUUGAAGGGGUCUUUACAGGUACCAAUAAAGAACUUACUAUUGGUAUCUUAGUGGCCCGAUUUAAAAAAAGAUUUACUAGAAAAGCAGGAGAUAGAGCAAAAGUAGCCAAGUCAAACGGAUACAAUAUCAUCUUAACAGAUGAACAAAAUUUGUAUUCGGAUUUGAUUGAAUACAUCAAGUCAAAUAGACUUGAUGGCUCUAACAAGAAUAUAGAACUUCAGUUUGUUGAAGUUCUCAAAGAACUUCGACAAAUUAGAGCGGAACUUGCUGAAGUUCGACAAGAAACUCAACAAUUAAGAGCAGAAUUUGCUCAAACUGAACGAUCAAGAUCUGAAGAUCAUCAUAAUCAGCGAUUACUUGAGAAUGAGCAGACUCGUCGUUAA